UCCGGUACUCUGUGGUACUUCCUCUCUGGCUGACUUAGCUGACAGUACCCAGAUCCCAGGCCAGGCCCCUGGCUCCGACAGAUCUGAGGAUAGGCUACACCGCUGUACCUUCACCCUGGGAUUGGCACCUACUUUGAACCAGUGUCCCGAAAAGCCUGAAUGUCUUUGCAAUGGCCACAAACAUUACAUCUUCUGCAGCACCCUCCUCGCCAGGUGUCAUGUUCAUCUCUCUACUGGCUAUCAUCUUACUGUCGGUGGCCCUGGCUGUGGGGCUUCCUGGCAACAGCUUUGUGGUGUGGAGCAUCCUGGUAAAGAUGCGAAAACGCUCUGUCACUGCCCUGCUGGUGCUGAACCUGGCUCUGGCCGAUUUGGCCGUAUUGCUUACUGGCCCCUUUUUCCUCCAUUUCCUGACCCAAGGCACCUGGACUUUUGGACAGGCUGGCUGCCGCCUGCUCCACUAUGUCUGCGGAGUCAGCAUGUAUGCCAGCGUCCUGCUUAUAACGGCCAUGAGUCUGGACCGCUCACUGGCGGUGGCCCUUCCCUUUGUGUCCCAGAAGUUGCGCACCAAGGCGGUUGCCUGGAGGGUGCUGGUAGGCAUCUGGGUGGUAUCUGUUCUGCUGGCCACGCCCGUCAUCGCGUACCGCCAGGUGAACCUGGGACCCAACAAUAGGAGCCUUAUAUGCUUUCCGAAGUACCCCAGCGAAAGACACAGGGCCUUCCAUCUGUUCUUCGAGGUCUUCACGGGCUUCCUGUUGCCCUUCCUGGCCAUAGUGGCCAGCUACUCCGACAUCGGGCGGCGGCUGCAGGCCCGGCGCUUCCGCCGCAGCCGCCGCACCGGCCGCCUGGUGGUGCUCAUCAUCCUGGCCUUCGCCGCCUUCUGGCUGCCCUACCACGUGGUGAACCUGGCCCAGGCGGUCCGCGCGGUGACGGGCAAGGUCGUGGAGGACGGGCCCGUGGGGCGGCGGCUGCACCUGGCCCGCCAAGUGCUCAUCACGCUGGCUUUCCUGAGCAGCAGCGUGAACCCCGUGCUGUACGCGUGCGCCGGCGGCGGCCUGCUGCGCUCGGCCGGCGUGGGCUUCGUCGCCAAGCUGUUGGAGGGCACCGGCUCCGAGAUGUCCAGCACCCGCCGCGGGGCCACACUGGUCCAGACGGUGAAGGGCGCCCCCACCCGUCCCGAGCCAGGCUCCGUGGAGAGCCUCACUGUCUCCACCAACCCUCUGGAGGGAAGCGAACCCAACUAGACCUGCAGGGUGGGGUAGGGGGUGGGGUGGGAGUGGGGUGGCGGUGGAAGGAUGCUUGCUUUCCUCCUGGGGGAAUGCCCCCACGCUGGCCUGACUCAAUUCUGCACUCCCCCUUCCCCCAGGAGGAGAAUGCCUGUCAGGGAUGGAGCGGAAGAAAGGGAGGGGAGGGGCAAGUCAGGGCAGAGUGCGAGCCUGGCCCCUUUAGGCAGCUUUACAAUUAAAAUUCGGUUCUGAAAUGGGGUCAGCCCUGUGUGUGGGACUUGUGUAUUAUCUGAUCCUGUUGUUGAUCCUGGCUGCCCUUAAGGGGAUCCUUCUCAAUAGUUGAGGCAUAUCUUUUAGUUUCCCAUGAUUUUCAGUUUGGAAGGGACACAAAGACAGACCUAGAAAUCAGACCUCCUUCCCUCCCCUGCUGAGGCAGGUGGUCUGCACAUCAUACUUAGAACAACACAGGUCUGCAGACAGCUGAAGGAGCUGGCCAAGGAAGACCACCCAUGUGGGCUCCUCAGUCCAGAUUCCCUGACUCAGCGGACCUUCUGAGAAAACAGCACUGCUGUGAGGUGUCUACCCUGAAGGCUGUGAUAGGUAUCCUUGUUAGCAGGACUCCAACUUUCUGCCAGUAAUCUUUGUCUUUUCAGUGAGAGUGUCCUAGGGGAUAGGGAUUGCCUUCCUUCCCUCCAUCUCCCAAGAGGCCUCACUUGAGAACCAAGUAAUCAGAUCUUAUCCCCUAGAAUUCUGCACAUCAGCAUUCUGCCAGCCCCUAAAAACAGACUAUGGUGUAAGCUGGAGCUGAGGGCUCUCUGUGAUGUGGUUACCCUUAGGAAACGCAGAUUUGCAAGAGUGAGAAGGAUGUCAGUCUUUCCUAGGGAUGACUGCUGUCUUAGAAGGCCUUGGGCUGGCUGUGUUCUGGCAGCAUUUUAGGAAGUAGCAGCAGUGUACUUUUGAAUCUCUCCCAUUAAAAAAAAAAAAAAGAAAAAAAGAACCACUACGAGAAAAGCCAAAAAUCCAUGUGCAACAUCUGCAACAAA